AUGGACCAAUCUCAUUAAUAAUAAGAGGAGCCAUCUCAAAUAAAUACAGAUUAGCCAAAGCAGAGAAUUGCAAUUGUUAUAGAUUCAAACGUUCUCAUUAAGCAGAUCAGACUAAGAGACCUAUUGAAUCAUAGUGAUAGUAGAGGCGCCUUAGGAGAAGUUAAUCCAGAGCAGAUGUAAAAUGAUGAAGAUUUCAAUGCUAAAUAUGAGGUUCACACUCUUAUAGAUGUCAUUAAGGAAAUUAGAGAUGAAUAAACUAGAAACUACAUGACUAAUCUUCCUUAUGAACUAAAAGUGCAUGGAGAAGAAUAUAUAGAUAAAAAUAACUUACUUUUUGUCAGUAAUUUCGCAAAAGACACAGGAGAUUACAAGUCUCUAAGCAAAACUGAUAUGAAAGUCAUUGCAUUAGGUGUUUAAUUAGCAAAAGAACAAGGAGAGUACGAAAAGCUAAAGAAAGAGCCAAAACCAUUAAAAGAAUUCAGACCUAGAAAGUUUAAUAAUGAUUACAAGAGAAUCGAAGAACAAGAUGAAUUUAGUGAUGAAUCGGAUGAAGAGAAAUAAAAGCCAAAGACUGAUGCUUUUGAUGAUGGAUUUGUAGAGGUAAAGCAAGGAAGACAUGGAAAUAGAAAGAACCACUUAAAGCCAAAAACUAAACAGGAAAAAUAAGAAGAAGAAUAAUCUAAAAAUGAGGAGAUUGCUGAAGAAUCAGCACAAUAAGAUAAGGUCGAUAGUCAGACAGAAGCUAAGCAAGAUGAAUAAAUCUAAGAAGAAACUCAGCCAAUCUAAGAGUUGAAAUCGAUGGAAGAUUAGAAUAAAGACUAAAAUAUUGUGAAGGAGGAAUAAGAUGACAAUGAUGUACCAAGUGAUAUUGAUGAUGAAGUAGAGGGUGGAGAAUGGAUAACCCCUGAAAAUAUUCAUAAACAUAUUCUUGGAGGUGAAACAGUUCCCAUUAAAAGAAAUGAGGACGAGCAGGGACCAUUGCUAGUGUAGAUGAUUACAAGUGAUUAUGCUAUGUAAAAUGUAAUAAUUCAAAUUGGAUUUAAGCUUCUAUCACUUGAUGGCAGAAAAAUUACCAGAGUUAAGAGAUUCAAAUUACUUUGUAGAGCUUGCUAGAAGCUUAAUCUUAAUGUAGAAAAGUAAUUCUGUGACUAUUGUGGAUCUCAUACACUUAUCAAGGUGUCAGUCUAUAUAAAAGAGGAUGGUACAAUUACUUAUUUCAAGAAUCCAAAGCGUAGAGUUAUCCUGAAAGGUACAAUUUAUUCAAUUCCAAAGCCAGUUGGUGGAAGAAAUUCAAGUGAUCUAGUGCUUAGAGAAGAUGAGCUAAUGACUGGUGAGAAGAAAAUGAUGAUGAAAAAAAUAGAAAAAGAAUAGAGAAAACUUGCAUAAUCAGUUAGUGAUACAAUUUAAGGCAAUUACUGGCAAGGAGGUGAAGGAUAUGGUGCUAGUGUUAGUAAUCUUUUGUACGAGAAUGGAGCAAAAGGAGGUAGAACUCACAGCAAGAUUGCAGGUAUGACUGAUGAAAUUCUCAUUGGUUAUGGAAAGAAAAAUCCAAACAGAGUAAAGAAGAGAACCGGAAACAAAUGA